GGGGAGGGGAGAGAGAGAGAGAUGGCGAACAAGCCGAUCAGUGAGAUGGGUCUCCCCAAAUCAAUAGGGAACAUAUUCGUUGCUCGUAACAUCCUAACCGCCAAGGAUGCCUUAUCCUUAACAGAAUUUGAGUUGAUGGAGUUGUUGGAUGUGGGGUUGGCGGAAGUAACCUUUGCAGUGGCACACAUCAGUCAAGUUGCAUGUCCACGGCAUCAAACUGCACUAUCACUGCUGGAGCACCGCAGCCAAAACGAACACUUGGCUGGCCAUCUUCCCACACUUUUGAAAGGAUUGGAUGCCGCUUUAUGUGGUGGAAUACCAUUUGGUGUUUUAACAGAGUUGGUUGGUCCAGCGGGAAUUGGCAAAACACAGCUUUGCCUGAAGCUUUCGUUACUGGCUUCACUGCCUUCCAGUUAUGGGGGCUUAGGUGGUCGUGUAAUAUAUAUUGAUGUAGAAUCCAAAUUUAGUUCAAGAAGGCUGGUAGAAAUUGGCUUUAAUAGUUUCCCAGAAAUAUUUCGCACAGAAGGAAUGGCACAGGAGAUGGCUGGUAGGAUUCUAGUUAUGCGGCCGACAACACUCUCUGAAUUCACCGAGAGGUGUGAACUGGAAGUAAACUCGAUGCCCUUGGCAUAUGAGUGGAUAGAAUCAGAUUUAAAUAAACUUUCAGUGCAGAGGGAAUGGUCCGCUGUGGCAAGACAAGAGUUCACAAAAAGUAUUAGUAUCUUUACAGACUUCAAGAAGUGGAGCAAAUCACCAACCGAGAUAAGCCUACUUUGCCUGAAGCUUUCGUUACUGGCUUCACUGCCUUCCAGUUAUGGGGGCUUAGGUGGUCGUGUAAUAUAUAUUGAUGUAGAAUCCAAAUUUAGUUCAAGAAGGCUGGUAGAAAUUGGCUUUAAUAGUUUCCCAGAAAUAUUUCGCACAGAAGGAAUGGCACAGGAGAUGGCUGGUAGGAUUCUAGUUAUGCGGCCGACAACACUCUCUGAAUUCACCGAGAGCUUGCAGCAAAUUAAGGUUUCACUCCUACAACACCAGGUGAAAUUGCUCAUUAUUGAUAGCAUGGCAGCUCUGGUUUCAGGGGAAUAUGAGCAGGGACCCCCUAGACAAAAUUCAUUGGGUUGGCACAUAUCGUUUAUCAAGUCACUUGCAGAAUUUUCUCGUAUUCCUGUAGUGGUGACAAACCAAGUAAGAUCUCAAAGCCUUGAUGAAGCCUCCCAAUAUUCUUUCCAAGUGCAGAGCCGAUGUAAUACUGAAGAGAAUUUCACAAGAUUUGAUUCUCAUCUCGUAGCUGCUUUGGGGAUUCACUGGGCUCAUUCUGUUACUAUCCGACUAGUUCUUGAAGCUAAAUCAGGGAAGCGGUUUAUGAAGGUGGCAAAAUCUCCAAUGGCUCCCCCUCUGGCAUUCCCUUUCAUCAUAACUUCAUCAGGGAUUUCAUUGCUAAAUGAUGAUGGAGUAGAAAUGACAGGGCCACAGAUAAACACAAUACAUUGUCAAGGUCUGUUAAUUAUUUGUUUAUUAAUUUUGGGCAAAAUUGGCAGCAGCUUUUAUGUGGGCAAUGAAAUCUCUUCCAGUGGUUACAUUCUAUAGGCAGAUCAGACCGAGUACCAUCCAUCAUUUAAUGUCUCCACUUUCAGUCUCCCUCGUGAAUAAUAAGUUCUCAACAAUUGUUAAAUAGGUAGCAAAACACCCGGAUAUUGAUGGGUCCCACUGCUAACCCCCUUUAUGUGGGUGGUAAUACUUUCUAGACUUUAAUUUUGGAUCAUAUUAGUACCUUGAGGUUAAAUCAUCCUAGUACUCAUGCUUAAAGGAUACACAUCUCAUGCUUGUUUGAAAAUACAUGUUUCUCAUUUUUGCUUUCCCCCUUGGAGUAUAUAAAUCUCAAAAGUUUAAGAGUGUUUCUAUGACCGACUGCAGGGCACAGUGACAUAAUCAAUAGCCACAUUGAAAAGUUACAAUGAUGAAUUAAGGUGGAGGCUGAGUCGAUUGAUAUCUAGGACCUUGAUUUGACACUUCCACUUUGACAGUCUUAUCGUUUCCAGUUUUCUGUUUUUGUAACUGUUGUGGGAUGAACAGGGAUCUAAUUAUUUUUCAUUGUUGAUGAUAAUGGUCUACCUAUCAUGUUUAUGGAAAUGUUACAGCCCUAUUUUCACUAGAAUUGUAAAAUUCAUAUUGUUGGGAAUUCAGGUAUGUCAUAGGAAUUAUGCAACUGUAAUAGUUUUAUAUCUUUCUUCUACUUUAAUCCCUGUAAAUGAAUAAUCAAUAAUGCUCCGAAGAGUGGACGUGUUUGUCCAAUCAAAUUGUUCGAACCUGACAAAAUAAAACAGUGAAAUUAGCAUAAUCACCAUUUAUGCUGCUGUCCUGGCUAGAUAAUUAGAACACUCUGUUGGUAUUUGAGAUUUUUAACACCUAGCCAUAGCAACUGAAGAUAUUGCUGCUCACUGGGGCCACAGGCAAGGGAGGAUAGUCCAACUUCUACUGUUGUGCUGUUGGGUUUGGCCCAAACUAGGGGUGUGGGUGCAUUCUUUGCCCAUGUCAAGACAUCAGUAAAAGGUA